AUGUGUGUGUUUUUCCCCACAAGGUCCAAAACUGUCGCUAGACUUGUGUACUGCAAAACGAAAAACAAGUCCACAGCCAUUUCCCCCCUCACCGAGGGUCAGAUGAAGAAGGCGGAAGGCUUCGCGCUCGGGUGUCUCGAGCAGCACAAGAGCCUCAACAAGGAACAUCUGCUGCUGCUGAAGGACGGUGACUUCUCGAAGGUGGACGCCGAGACGAAGUGUUUCCUGCGCUGCUUCCUGCAGGAGGCCAAGUUUAUGGACGCCUCCGGCAAGCUGCUGAGCGACUACGCCAUCGAGCGGCUUUCGCUGAGCCGGGAAAAGUCCAAAGUGGAGGAGCUGGUGAAGAAGUGCAGCGUCGCGGAGGGCGAGGAUAGUUGCGAGACGGCGUUCAAGGCGGUCGAGUGCUACCACCGGGAGAAGGCAUCGCUCCUGUGA